AUGUCACCAUACAUCAAGAAUCUGAUACUCAUACCAGCAUACAUCAAGCAGUUUCACCACUUACCUCUUCCCCCAACCAAAAGUCCAAUAUCCCAUUCUGAAACUUGCAUAGUCCAGCCAAUGGACUCCAUAGCAUGGAUAGUUGGCUCUGCCGCCGCCCAGCUAUAUGCCAAGAAUCAACUUCAGCUCGACAAGGCUCCGCAAGUCUAUGAAUACAACGGAGACCGGAUUCAUCUUGUGUUUGGUAGAAUUGGCAACUGCCACGUCACUUUGGCCUAUUCUGAAGGAAACCGCAUCUCCGAAACAGCUUCAUUCAUGCACAGAUUCCUUGACAGAGACACUUUCCAAAUGUUUAUCCUUGGCGGGGUGGACGACUCGUUAAACUUCCCACAACAUCCCAAUCUCAUGUUGGGUGAUUGCGUAAUUGGUUUUCCCGCCACGAAUGAGUUUGCAUUCUUCGACGCAGAGAGCACCGUCACACCCACGGCUGUUGUAAACGCGAACCGCCUUCUACACGCCGUCGACAAAUACAUGAGAGAGGACCGGCGUGAAAUUCUCAUACACAACAGGGGCACCAACUACGUCGUCAACGCCCGCCCCAUGUAUAAACACUGGGACCCACAAGAAUGGGAAAACCUCAUGUGUUGUGGAUUGGAUAUCGAGUUUAGGCUGCCGUGCAUCGUAAUCCGAGGCCUGAAUAGACACUUUCCUGGCGAUGGCGCAACUUACCUGCCUUGGUACGAAAUUGCGUGA